AUGCGGCACCGCAACGGGCUGCUGCAGGACCGCAACAUCUUCGUCAUGGACGGACAGGUGAUGAUGGUCGUCUGCUAUCACAAGUCGCAGUCGCAGUGGGACAAGCCGAAGGUGGUGCCGCGCUUCUUGCCGCCGCGGCUAGGGCAGGUGAUGGUGCUGUACUUGGCGUACUUGCAGCCGUUCCGUGAGUAUCUCACCGUGCAGGUGCUCGGCGGCAGCUUCAGCGACUACGUGUGGGCGGACGAGCAGGGCCCGUGGGGGACUGAUCGACUGACGCGAGCGCUGAGGCGAGAGACUGGCAAGAGGCUGGGAGUGCCGCUGCACACGCUCGACUACUGGCACGCGGCUGUUGGCGAGGUGGACGAGGCUGAGGUAGACGAGGAUGGGGAGGACGUGAUGGAGCUGCAGAACGCAAGGACGACAGUAAUUAGAGUGGGCAACUACAGCGUGCUAAUUAACAUUGUCAAGCAUCUCAGCGUGCGCUUGAUUAAAGCGUUCCGUCCGCUCAGCGCGAUGUGGCACCGCUUCUUAGGGCUGGAUAGGAAGCAGGCAGCGCCGCAGUGGACUUGGAUGGGCAACAUCAAUCUGAUGAGGAGGGCGAAGAAACGUGGGCGCAGUGGCAUCAACAGCGAUGACGAUGACAGGAAUAAGGAUAAUCAGGGCAGGGAAGCCGCGUUGCUGCAUAGAGACAAGAAAGAGAAGGCAGUCCGCAAGGAGCUAGCGCUGCACGCAGUAAUUGAUGGGCAGACGCCGCUUGUCGUCGUGCUGCCGACCGGUGGAGGCAAGAGCUUGCUGUUUAGCGUGCCGGCUUGCAUGGACGACGCUGGGGUGACGGUGGUCGUGGUGCCGUACCGAGCGCUCAUUGAGGAUCUAGUAGACCGGAUGCAGAAGUGCGGCAUCGACUGCAUGGAGUGGAAGCACGGCGAGAGCAGCCCGGCCGCUGUUGUCGUAGUCAGCGCAGACGCCGCAGGGGACACUACAAGCAACGGCAACUUCUUAGG